AAAAGAUUAGUUCUAGAAAGUGCAUAGAGUAAAGUACAACAUUUUUUUUUAGCGAGAUAAACUAAUGGGAACGGAAAAAGACGAUGUUGGUGCAGAAUCGAGUGAAGAUGAUAGUGGAAUUACGGUCACAGGAAACGGAAGAAUUUCAAACGCCCUCUUUGUAAGGCCAAAUGCUUCCCCCGGUUAUUGGCUGUGUAUACUACUUCCACUUGCUUUUGCCUCAAAUCUUCUGCUUGAAAACAAAUGUUAUGGGCAAGUUUCCACACAACCCGUACUCACAAUUGCCGCAAUCGGUAUGUGCAUAGAGACCCUCUGCUUCUUUAUAUAUAUAUAUUCCAAGACGGGGUUGCUACUGAAAAUAUGUAUUGCAUUUGUACCUGGCUUUAUUACCACACUGCUGUGCAAAGUGUUAUUGCAACAGUCUUGGAGUUACGGACUAAUUUGGGCUUUUAUCAUAACAUUCGUUUAUCAAAAAUCCUAUAUACGAGUACUACGUGGAUUUCCCGGUUGUUUCAGCUUUGGUGAGGCAUCUGUACUCGUUCAAGGUUUAAUGCUUUUCCUAUUAAAUGUAAUUUUAAAAUUUUUCAAUAUAUUAUUGAAAAAUGAAAACAGGAGCACUUUUGAGGAUCUUAACAUAAUAAUGAUGUUUGCACUAAUGUAUCUCCUUGUAGUCUGUUGGCUACUUUCGGUUGUCAAAGUUAUACGCGGGCCCGUAUACUUUUAUGCUUUAAUGGUGUUUUUAGUUAUAGGUGUGACAUGUACUCCAAUUACGAAUCCGGUGCCUGUUGUUUUCCUAAUAAAUUUCAUACUACAAGACCAAGUUAGGGUGAUCAUACUUGCUUUCUACUUAACAUUGGUGAUAUUAACGAUUUUGGCAGUGUGGUGGCAAAUUGGCAAUGAAGAAAAAGCGUCAACAAGAGUACGAAAAAUAUUUCAUAUCCUUAUUGUGCUUGUGUUUGUACCCGGAAUAAUUUAUCAAUGUAGUUUUCUAUAUAUUGGUACUGGCGUGGCUUUUGCAAUUUUCACUGUUUUUGAACUGAUUCGUGUUUGCAACGUACCUCCACUGGCGAUACCAUUGCGCAGAGCUUUCGCAUCGUUUUCCGAUGAGAAAGAUGCUGGGUUACUCGCUUUAACACCAUUCUGUCUACUUAUUGGGUGUUCCAUGCCCCUUUGGAUAAGCCCCUGCCCCUGUGGCGAAAAUGUAUAUACCAAUGACAAUCAUCGAAUUCUCCCACUUUUAGCUGGUGUUCUGACUAUUGGAUUCGGUGAUACUGCUGCCAGUGUAGUUGGUUCAAAAUUUGGGCGCAUUAAGUGGCGUUGCUCGAAAAAAUCAUUAGAAGGCACCUUAGCAUUCAUGUUGACAACUCUUUUGGCCACAUUGUGUUUCAACUACCUUGGUUACACCAAUUUGGCGCCUAUGAAGUGGUUUUCCACAGUAAUGGCAAUAUUUACAACUUCCUUAGUAGAGGCGCAUACAGAUCAAAUAGAUAAUUUAACUCUUCCCAUAAUAUUUUAUAUAAUUGUGAAUAUAUGUUAACAUUAUGAACUGUCCUCUUGACUGAAACGUACAUAUGUAUGUAUGUAUGUACAAAUAUCAAUAAUUUACUUUACUUAAUUGAAAUAAGAAACAAAUCGAUGAGAUUUAUGAUGUUGAAGGUUAUGUAAUUUUACAUUAUACUAGCAGACCGCUCCGUCUUCGCACGGAUUUAAACAAUCAUUUCAAAAGGUUUAAGUUUUUACACACUUAUAUACACUCUCCCAUACAUAUGUAUGUACUUUACCGUUUCUUGCGUGGGUUCAUUUAAAAAAAGUAAAAUGAAGGAAAUGCAAACAUGAAAUUAUAUUUUAUUUGUAAUGAGCUAAAACUUUAUUACGCCCUCUAGUCUUUGGCAUGCGAUUGCGAUGCGAAGAGAAGGAAUGACUUGCAAGGCGAUUUUCAGUUUCAGAUUAAGAUUCUCCAUCAAGGAGUCUUUUUGAUACCCUCACCUGGGAACUAUUUCCAGAAAGUUGAGAUUCUAGCCUAUGUUACUCGCGUUGAAUGUAGUUUUCUUAUGGUGAAAGAAUUUUUGAAAUCCGCACAGUAGUUUUUGAGUUAAUUCAUUACAAACAUACAUACAAAUCUUUCCUCUUUAUAAUAGCAGUAUAGAUAAAAACCUAAAAGAAAAAGUAUUACAUUGUUUAUUGCCUUUGUGCCAUCAGUUGCUCUACAGGCAACUCACGGGAAAUGAGAAUUAAAUUUCUGGUCGAAAUUUAUGUUUGCAUUUUUCAACAUACUCAACAAACAAUAAAAUUAUGGAACGGCAUAACGGGUAAUUUAAAAAAUAGCCGUAAUAUCAAAUUGAAAGCCAUUCCUAAAUUAUAUUAAAACACAUUAAAUAUGAGUUCUUAAACCAUUUAAAUAAAUAAAAGUUAGUAUCUUUUUGUUCGACUACAUGGUCUAUUUUUGAUUUGAAUUUAUAUUUCCAUAAAAUAAUGAUGAAAUUAAAUAACAUUUUAAAUUACAAAUUAUGAAAUAAGGUGCUAAUUUGUUAGUGAGUUUUAUCUAAUUCAAUUAUUAUAAAUUGCAAAAACAAGUUGACGGAUAUAUUAAUAUUUAAAUCAUAUUUAAAUAAAUACAUAUUUGAUAUAUUGUUAACAUAAUUACAAAUUUAGUGUACGAGAAAUCGAUGUGAUAAUUUGCUUCCAGCAAAAGUUUUUCUUUUUUGUACAAAACAUAUUAUAAUAAUUAGUGUUAUAUAUAUUUAUAUGAAAUUAAAGUUAAAAAAAUUAGAGAAAUUUAUACAAAGAUGUGUCAUUAUUUCCUCCUUCUUUUGUUUAUUCAACAUCAGAUAAUACAUUUUUAUAUCGACAAUAAUGACAUUCACAAAUUAACUUAUUUUUGAUAUAAAUUUCCCUCUUGUCGGCCAAAAUAGAUUUGCUGUAUUACUUUUUUUUAUCGCUCAUGUAUGAGCUCCUGUAUUUAAUUUCGAUUUUGAGGAUAUUGAAUAAAAUAAUCUCAUAUAAUCUUUAUAUACAUACAUAUAUAAAUCUUCUGUACGUGUGUUAGUCAUUGAACUCCUCCUAAACGGCUGGACCGAUUUUGAUGAAAUUUUUUGUGUGUACUCCAGGGGUUUUGAGGAUGGUUUAGAUUCACAAUACGAUCAACUAGAAUUUGUUUUUUUAGUUGUAAUAUUUAUUUAAAAAUUUUUGUUGAUAUUAGCACAACUUACAUGGGAUUCGGCAGAUUGCGCUGUAGUCGCUGUGUCAAAUAUUCAAGAGUGUGUCUUGAAAUCAUCGUGGAAGACCAGGAAAGAAAUAAAAAAUUUGUAAAUAUGGAAAAGUUGCGAUGAAAAAAUUUUAUUUCAAUUGAUAACAAAAUUAAAAAAAGAAAAAAAAUAAUUUUAUUAUAUAUAGGCAUAAAGACCAAUAGAAAGUCAUCAUAUAUAUAAUUCCUGAACCAAUUUCACUCAUUUUCACCACCAAGGUUAACGGGGAAAAGGGCAACUUGUCACCUGUUAGUAGGCAAACAAACGGCACAUUCGGUCUUGCAAUUAAUCCUAAAUUGUAACUCAACGAAACACCAGUCUGCAAAAUCGCAAAAAAUAUCGCUGUAUCGAAAAUUUUCCAGAUAUUCAAGAAGUCGCUGAAGGCACUGCACAAGACUUUAAAAGAUUUACGCGACAUCCAAAACGUUUUUGGUGGACUCUUCCAAUUAUACCUGAAUCAACUGUUGCUGUCGAGCUAAUCGCAUGCCUAAAAUAAUCUAAUUUCACCCAGCAGAAAAUAUCAUUAACAGCGAUGUUCAACGUGAACAGCAAUUUUAUAUAAACUCUUUGGCUACUUUUGUUGCUAAUAAUGAAAAAUUGCUUACUGCUGAGCAACGAAAUGUAUACGAUAAAAUCAACCUAUCAAUAGCAGCACAACAAGGAGGUUUCUAUUAUUCCGAUGCACCAGGUGGCACUGGUAAAACAUUCCUUAUCUCACUGAUACUUGCAAGUAUUCGUUCACAAAAUCACAUUGCAUUGGCGAUUGCUUCAUCAGGUAUUGCAGCCACUCUUCUUGAUGGUGUACGAACUGCCCACUCAGCACUUAAAUUAUCUUUAAAUAUUCAUAUAAAUCCCGACGCAAUGUGUAACAUAAAAAAAAAAUUCAGGAAUGGGUGUCGGUUCCGAUACCAUUUAAACGUUUACAAUUUCCAAUCCGUUUGGCAUUUGCGAUGACUAUUCAUAAGGCGCAAGGUCAAACGAUCAAUUUGUGGACUAGAUUCCGCGCUUUUCUCACUGUCAAUUAUACGUAGCGUGCUCGAGGGUAGGAAAACCAUCGAAUUUAUUUAUUUAUACCUCUCAAGGAUUAAUAAAAAAUAUUGUACAUCCAAUGGCAUUACGAUACUUUCAGUAUUUGUAGAUAAUUAACUCUUAGAAUAAAUACCCGUUAUAAAUACCCGUAAUAAAAAUAUUUCACCAAACGACUUUGUUGGUUAUUUUGUAAUAAAUAUAUAUGAACGGCGUUAGGUAUUGUAAUAAGUUUCGAAUAAAAAAUUCAUAAAAAAAAUCAAAAAAAAAUAAAAAAAUCAGGAUCAUAGAAUAAAUCGCAUGAUCCAUUGGCGAGUCAUUAGUAAAUGGGUUUUUCAAAAGGGUAGCUACAAAAGUAGACCGAUAGGGACACCAAAUGACACUUUUUCCCGCUCGUUUGAUAUUUCAUCAUGGAAAGAUAUACGAUGCAACAACGAAUCGAAAUUAUUAAAAUUUACUACCGAAAUUCGAAGUCAGUGGUCUCAACUUUAAGAUCGCUACGUCCUACGUAGUGAUGAGGCUCAUUUCUGUCUGAAUGGUUUCGUCAAUAAGCAAAAUAUGCGUUAUUGGUCAGCCAGCAAUCCACCCGUACUCCAUGAGUCACCAUUGCAUCAUGAAAAAAAAGCGGUUAGGUGCGGUUUAUGGACCGGCACGUUACCGUGAAUGGGUAUCGCUACCGCUCAAUGAUAACCGAAUAUUUUUUGCCCGAUUUGAAUGAUAUGGACUUGGACAAUUUGUGCUUCCAACAGGACGCCACAAGCCACACAGCGAAUGUCGCAAUCGAUUUUUUGAAAACCAAGUUUGGUGAACAUGUUAUAUCAAGAAAUGGCCCAGUCAAUUGGCCGACAUUUAAAUAACACAAAUCUGGAGUUGAAUUUGACUUAGUACCAAUUAUAUGUUCUUUUUCGGUAUUGAAAGAAAUUUAAAACUUUUCUCCGUUUGCGAGGUUGUUAUGUGAAAUUGUUAUGCUACAUUUUAGCACAUAUAAAAUAUUUAAAAACUACAUAACUUAUUAUGGAAUUUAAGAUAGCGAAUGUAAAUAUUACAAUACCUAGGUUGGAAGGACCUCUCCGAGCCGUCCGAUACCAGAUGAGGUUUCAGACGAGGUGACUCACUCUCGUGUGAUUUCUUUAACCUGAUUCUGGAGAAAAUAAUACGAGCUGCAGAUCUGAAUAGAGAAGGUACAAUCUUCUAUAAGGGUGUACAGCUACUGGCGUACGCCGAUGAUAUCGAUAUCAUUGGACACAAAACCCGCGCCGUUAGUUCUGCUUUUUCCAGACUGGAUAAGGAAGCGAAGCGUAUAGGUCUGGUGGUGAACGAGGACAAGACGAAAUAUCUGCUGUUGUCAAACAAACAGUCAGCGCAUUCGCGUCUUGGCUCUCACGUCACUGUUGACAGUCAUAACUUUGAAGUUGUAGAUAAUUUCGUCUAUCUGGGAACCAGCAUUAACAGCAAUAACAAUGUCAGCCUGGAAAUCCAACGCAGAAUCACUCUUGCCAACAGGUGCUACUAUGGGCUAAGUAGGCAAUUGAAAAGUAAAGUCCUCUCUCGACGAAAAAAAGCCAAACUCUACAAGUCUCUCAUCAUUCCCGUCCUACUUUACGGUGCAGAAGCGUGGACGAUGUCAACAUCCGAUAAGACGGCACUAGGAGUUUUCGAGAGAAAGGUUUUGCGGAAGAUUUAUGGUCCCUUAAACAUUGGCAACGGCGAAUACUGCAGACGAUGGAACGAUGAGCUGUAUGUGUUAUUCGACGACAUAGACAUAGUCCAGCGAAUAAAAAGACAGCGGCUACGCUGGCUAGGUCAUGUCGUUCGAAUGGAUGAAAGUGCUCCAGCUCUGAAAGUAGCCGAGGAAGAGUGAGACCUCCACUCCGAUGGAGGGUCCAGGUGGAGAGGGACCUGGCUUCGCUUGGUAUAACCAAUUGGCGCCAAACUGCCAGAAGGAGGGAUACGUGGCGCGCUGUUGUGGACUCGGCUAUAACCGCGUAAGCGGUGUCUACGCCAGUCAAGAAGAAGAAGAAGUUUGUACAUAACUCAAGUACAAUUUUUUUUAUAGAAAUUUCAACAGAUAUAAAUUAAUUAGUGAUUUCAAUACUAAGCAAAUCUAAGCUCAAUAUUCGUCGAAAUACUUAUGCUGAAAUAUAGCAAUUUUUUCCCGAACUUGAAAAUGUCACAGUGCAGAAUUAUGCUUAGUAAUAGCAUAAUUUUCGUUUGUGUUUUAUUUGACACUCCAGCAACGAUUAUAGCUAUUUUAUAAAAUAUCCAAGAACGCUAAAUUCUGCAAUAAACUGUGUAGCUGAAAACAUUGUGGGUACUUACAUAUGUACAUAAUCCUCCUUUUCUAACACAGUGGAGAUAUUUGCUGCAGUGAUGUUUAUACGUAAGUACCACGUUGUGGUAAUAAGAAAAACAAUUUUAACAAGUAAGGAAAGGCUAAGUUCCUUAUGUAUUCAUUAUAAAGUGAAGGAAUCAAAAGGAACUCAAAAUUUAGUCAUAUGGGAAGUAGUCGUGGUUGUAAACCGAUUUCGCCCAUUUUUUAUCCGUGUUAUCAGAUAUAUGAGAUAUCUGAGAUAUGGUUUUUGACCUAUAAGUGGGAGAUGCCACGCCCAUUUACCAUUUUGUAAAAAAUCUGGAUGCAGCUUCCUUCUGCCAUUUCUUCUGUAAAAUUUUGUGUUUCUCACGUUUUCCGUUAGUGAGUUAACGCACUUUUAGUAAUUUUCAACCUAACUAUGGGAGGUGGUCGUGGUUAAUAUCCGAUUUGAACUGUUUUCAUAGCAUGUGAUAGGAUACGUAAGAGAAACGAGUGUAGAAAGUUUGGUUGCUAUAGCUUUACUGGUUUGCGAGAUAUGUACAAAUAACCGAUUUGGGGGCGAAGCCACGCCCACUUCGCCAAAAUCCAACUAUUCCCGUUUUACUUUUAUAACUUUAUUUAUGGCUUAGUUAUGACACUUUAUAGGGUUUUGGUUUUCGCCAUUUUGUGGGCGUAACUAUAGUCCGAUUUCGCCCAUUUUCAAUACCAACCUCCUCAGGGUGCCAAUGAAUAUAUGUACCAAGUUUCGUCAAGAUAUCUUAAUAUUUACUCAAGGACAGACGGACAGACAGACAUCCGGAUUUCACUCUCACUUUCACUUAGCAACUUUUGUUGCGAGAGUAUAAAAAUAUGUUAUUUAUAGUUAUUAUUAUCUUAUAUAGAUAAAAAAAAAUGUUUUAUUUUUCAGUAUUUAUUAAAUUAUAAAGAAUAAUGUGAUUUUUAGUUAUAAACAUUUAAUAUUGGUAAUACAAUUUUUAUAAUGUUAAACAAAAUAUAUAAAAAAUUAAAGUCUUAUAUCUAAUGUAGAGUAAUUUUCUCUUUUAUGUCAUUAUUAUUUAUUUUUAAUUAUGAGAAAAGUAUUAGAAAUAUGUAUAUGGUAUAUGUAGUAUAUGUCUUAAGUACAAAAUACAAAUUGGAAAAGUGUAUGCAAACAAGCAAUUGUGUUAUUUUUUAAGAAUUAGCGACCAUUGCCUACUUCAGAAGCACAAUAAUUCCUUAUACUGAAGUUGAACAAUACUCCGCAUUCGUUUUACUCUUAAUGUUAAUAUCUAUAACAAAUAAGUGUAACGCGAAACAUUUAAUACAUAUAGGAGAAGUUUCAAAUAAAACAAUUGUCGCAAUCUACCGACUAAUUACGAUGCAAUAACAGACACUGCAAUAUUAAAAGGCAACACAAGAUUUGCAAAUUUGAAAACUAACAGUACAUGCGGAUACAUAACUGUUGGACGGGAGAGUUACAUUGAUUUGAGCGACAGGUAAAUAAACAAAAUUACAUUAAUGGCACAUUGCAGAACGUAACAACAAAAUAUAUGUAUUUAUAGUAUAUGAUAUGGGGCGUAACUUGAAGACACACAUAUAUGUAAGUAUGUCCGCAGUUAGAAAUACUCAAUGAAUGCAUAAAGUGUUCAAGCUGGAAAUAUAGAAAUCCCUAUUUCAUAAGAUUAGUGUAACGCUAUAUUCGGAUACUAAAUGAGUUCGUUCAUUUUUUGUAAACUUUGAUAUUUUCAUAUUUUUAGACUUAUGUACAUAUAACAUAUAUGUAUGCAAGAACGGCGACAAUUUGGUAUAUCAUGUUUUAUAUGAAUAAGUUUUCGCUGUAGGUUGGUGUUAAAUUACAGAGCAAGAGUGUAUGUAUAUACGAGUAUAUGGAUCAUCGUCACUGAAAUCUAAAAAGGCACUAAACACUCCUUUGAAUUGGUUUUCUUGUGUGUAAAUACUACUUCAAAAAUGUGGGAAAAAUAUAAUGGAAAAAUAUAUUACUCAAUAUGUAAUUUAUGUGAUUUUGAUAUGAUUUUUAACCCGACCUUUCCACAUUUCAGUACUGUAGUGCAUAUGUUUACCAGUUUUGUUGGAAAGAACAAUGUACAUUAAAAGUGUAUUGAACUAUUUACUUCGAAUCCAUUUGAAGCUGUGAAGACAGUAUCUAUAAGUCAUAAUGAGAGCUAAGAAUAUACAAAUUUCAGCAUAUCUCUGGAUAUGCAUUUUCAGCAACCCUGCGCCAACGUCUACUGUGAUCAUAGCUCAAUUUGUUAAUAGCAACAAUAUAGUUAAAAUAUUUUAUGCAAAUAGCUAGAAAUUUGAGAACUUCUUCAGGAAAAAAAUAUAAAAAUAAUUCACAAACAUGCCAAUUUUCUCUUUUAAAACUCGGUAAAAAUACUGACAUCAAUUCUGUUAUAACAUUAUUAUCUUACAUAUAAUUUGCCACAAUUUAUAGAUUUUGAUCGAUUCUAGAAGUUCUCACAGCCGAAAGGUGUUUAUAGAGUAUUUUCAUAAUUGUUGUUAGUGUAGGGCAAGCUUUCCUAUAUUUACAUACAAAGUUUCACACCAUUGUUAUUGAAGUGGUUAUCCCGCGGAGAACAAAGAAAUUUAAGUAUUUUGAACAUUUACUAUACUCACAAUAUCUGCACAGACAUACGUAUGUAAUAGUAAUAA